GGAGAUUCGUGUUGGAAAAUUGACGGUGCAGAGCGAUUGAAAGAAAAUAAAAAAUAUCUUCCAGAAAAAGCCAUUGUUGAUUGCGGGUAUGCAAAAGUGAUGAUGAAUAUACGAACGACGUUGAGAAUCUUUUAGUUGCCAUAUAUAGUAAACAAUUCUUCUGCUUCACUCUCCAAGACGGCACUGGCCACUCCACUCGUCUCCAGAUUUACAGUUUGUACAAGCAAAGUGAAUGAUGAAUCUAGGAUCGCUUUCUCUGAGCACCAACAAGUCGAGUAAGCCAAUGGUUAAUCUUAGCUUCUCGAUACCGUAUUUCACUCACUGGGGACAGAGCUUGUUGGUCUGUGGCUCGGCUCCUGGACUUGGUUCCGGGAAUGUGAAAAAGGGUUUGCUGCUGAAGCCGUCUCAGCAAGAGGAUCAGCUCAUUUGGAGUGGUUGUGUCUCUGUACCACCUGGGUUUAGCUGUGACUACUGUUACUAUGUUGUGGAUGACUUGAAAAAUGUGCUAAGGUCUGAGUUUGGGAUGAAGCGGAAACUCCUCGUUCCUGAGACAUUUACUGGUGGAGAGUCUGUACAGCUUCGUGAUCUCUGGCAGAGUGCGGAUCAAUCUCUCCCAUUUAGAAGCGCCUUUAAAGAUGUUAUCUUCCGCAACACUAGGGAAGUGGAAAUAGAAAGACCUCUCGGGGUAUUUGAGAAUAAGUCGGAUCAAGAUGAUUCAGUUGUUGUCCAAUUCAAAAUCUGUUGUUCAGACGUUAGAGAGGGAACAUCGGUAUAUGUUCUAGGCACCCCGGCGAAGUUGGGGAAAUGGAAAGUUGAAAAUGGAUUUAGACUCAACUAUGUUGGUGAUUCCAUGUGGGAAGCAGAUUGCUUGAUCCCUAAAGCUGACUUUCCUAUCAAAUAUCCUUUCUUUGCUUUUUACAUACUAAUUUGCUGCAACUAUGAUCUCAAAAUUCACUUCUCAAAUGUUUUCUGCGUGCUGGGUUUCUUGACUGUUAUUUUCACAUAUAGAUAUUGUAAAGUUCAGAAGGACAGUAACAUCGGUUUUGAAUCUGGUGGGAAUCGGGAGCUUACUCUUCACUCCAGCGGUAGUAAACAGGAAUACAUUGUCAUGUCAGAUGGCUUGUUUCGAGACAUGCCAUGGAGGGGUGCUGGUGUUGCAGUUCCCAUGUUCUCUGUCAGGUCAGAAGAUGAUGUUGGUGUGGGAGAGUUUCUCGAUCUGAAGUUGCUUGUUGACUGGGCUGUAGAUUCCGGGUUGCAUCUAGUACAACUUUUACCAGUAAAUGACACAUCUGUGCAUAAGAUGUGGUGGGACUCGUAUCCCUACAGCUCGUUAUCUGUGUUUGCGUUGCAUCCAUUAUAUCUUAGAGUACAAGCUCUUUCUGAACGUUUGCCAGAAAGUAUCAAGGAAGAAAUUCAGAAGGCAAAGAAGCAACUGGACAAUAAGGAUGUUGAUUAUGAGGCUACCAUGGAAACUAAGCUUUCAAUUGCCAAGAAGAUCUAUGACCUAGAGAAAGACCAGACGUUGAACUCAAGCUCUUUCCAGAAAUUCUUCUCUGAGAACGAGGGCUGGUUGAAACCAUAUGCAGCUUUCUGCUUUCUCCGUGACUUUUUUGAGACUUCUGAUCAUAGUCAGUGGGGGACCUUUUCUGACUACACAGAAAACAAGCUUGAAAAAUUGGCAUCCAAAGACAGCUUGCACUAUAACACUAUAUGCUUCCAUUAUUACAUCCAGUACCAUUUACAUGUACAAUUGUCAGAAGCAUCAGAAUAUGCAAGAAAGAGAGGAGUCGUGCUGAAAGGAGAUCUACCUAUUGGCGUUGACAGAAACAGUGUCGACACGUGGGUUAACAAGAAUCUGUUUCGCAUGAAUACGGCAACUGGAGCACCUCCAGACUAUUUUGACAAAAAUGGUCAGAACUGGGGAUUUCCUACUUAUAACUGGGAGGAAAUGUCGAAAGACAACUAUGCUUGGUGGCGUGCUCGCUUAACACAGAUGGGAAAAUAUUUCACAGCGUAUAGGAUAGAUCAUAUAUUAGGAUUCUUCCGAAUCUGGGAGCUUCCAGCUCAUGCUGUGACUGGUUUAGUGGGGAAGUUCCGUCCAUCUAUUCCGUUAAGUCAGGAAGAGUUGGAAAAGGAGGGAAUAUGGGAUUUUGACCGAUUAAGCAAGCCAUAUGUCCAGAGGAAGUUUCUUGAGGAGAAAUUUGGAGAUUUUUGGCCAUUCAUCGCGUCAAAUUUUCUUAGUGAAACUCAGAAGGAUUUGUAUGAGUUCAAGGAGGACUGCAACACAGAGAAAAAGAUUGCAGCGAAGCUGAAGUCAUUAGCUGAGAAGUCUUUGUUGCUAGAAAACGAGGACAAAGUUCGUCGUGACGUCUUUGACAUUUUGAGGAAUGUUGUUCUGAUCAAAGAUCCAGAGGAUGCAAGAAAAUUCUAUCCUCGCUUUAAUCUUGAGGAUACUUCAAGUUUCCAGGAUUUGGAUGAUCACAGCAAAAAUGUUCUGAAGAGACUAUACUAUGACUACUAUUUCCAACGUCAAGAGGAUCUAUGGAGGAAAAAUGCUUUGAAAACCUUGCCUGCUCUGUUAAAUUCAUCUAAUAUGCUGGCGUGUGGGGAGGAUCUCGGUCUUAUUCCAUCUUGUGUACAUCCUGUUAUGCAAGAACUGGCUUUGGUUGGCCUUCGCAUACAACGCAUGCCCAGUGAGUCUGAUGUGGAGUUUGGGAUUCCGUCUAACUAUGACUAUAUGACGGUUAGAUUUUCCUUUAUCAUAAGUCUCUCUUUCUCUCUUAUAGUAUCCUUCCAUUCAUUUCCCGAGGAACUUGUAAUCGGUAAGCGAUUCACCGCAUUACUCAAAACCACAUUCUUCGUAUAUCAGGUCUGUGCUCCUUCAUGCCACGACUGCUCCACACUGCGAGCUUGGUGGGAAGAGGACGAAGAGAGAAGACAAAGGUACUUCAAGGAAGUGAUUGCUGUAGAUGAAAUCCCUCCGAGUCAGUGUGUUCCAGAGAUAACUCAUUUCAUUCUGAGACAACAUGUUGAAGCUCCAUCAAUGUGGGCUAUUUUCCCUCUCCAGGAUAUGUUGGCUCUGAAAGAAGAGUACACUACUCGUCCUGCAACAGAAGAGACAAUCAAUGACCCGACAAACCCAAAACAUUACUGGAGAUACCGCGUACACGUAACGCUGGACGCGCUUAUGAAAGACACAGACCUGAAAUCAACUAUCAAGAACCUUGUUUCGAGCAGUGGAAGAUCUUUUCCUGUUUCUGCUGCUGGUGAAGACGCUAACAACAAGAAGCAAUGAGGAGUUAUAGCCAAUGGUUCAAUCAAGUCAAACCCAUGAAGCAAAAGUCUUUUGUUUUCCCAUCGGUCACCCAAACUAUGUUGCUUAUUAGUAUCAACCUAUUAUCACUCAAAAUUGUACAAGCUCUAAAACUCUGUAUUUGUUGUUCCUGUCCAAAAACCAAAAUAAAAUCCUUAGUUUCCGGUGUAAA